CAAUGCACUGCAGUGAGGGAGGGGCUGUUUGAUGGCGGACGGGGGGGAAAAGACGACGGAGCGGCGCGUGCGUGCUGGCGUGCCACAUCCAAAGCGGGGUGGUAGCGGCGGCGGCGCGGCGGCGGUACGAUGCCCCGCGAUAACAUGGCCUCCCUGAUCCAGCGGGUGGCCCGGCAGGCCCGCCUCACGUUCCGCCCGCCGGGCGGUGGCAAGCACAGCGGCGGAGCCAGUGGGCCGCGCUUCGCGGAGGACCUCCACCGCCUGCAGGAGCUGCUGAACGAGGUGCGGGCCGAGGACCUGCGCUUGGCUCCGCGGGGCCCGUCGGCGGUGCCGGGUCCGGUGCAGCCCCCCGCGAGCUACAUGCACAUCUGCGAGACGGAGAGCUUCAGCAUGGGCGUCUUCGUGCUGCGCGCGGGCGCCUGCAUCCCGCUCCACGACCACCCGGGCAUGAACGGGCUGCUCAAGGUGCUCUACGGCACGCUGCGCAUCGCCUGCUUCGACACUCCCCUCGCCACUGUCGAGGAGGACGAUGGAGGAGGAGGAGGAGGAGCAGCGGGCGACAGCGCCUCCGGCUCGGCGGCGUCGCAGAAGCAGGCGCGCUCCGGCCCGCAGCGGCGGCAUCGCGCCCUCCUGCGCUCGCACCAGCUCUACACGCCUGCCUCGCCUCCCUGCCUCCUCUCGCCGCACACAGAUAACCUGCACCAGAUUCACGCUGUGGGCGGACCCGCCGCUUUCCUCGACAUCCUGGCGCCUCCCUACGACCCCGAGCAUGGACGGGACUGCCACUAUUACCGCUUACUGGAUGGCCAGAGCCUGCCCCCGUCGCCGGGCGACCACCAGGGCCUGCCCAAGGAGGUGUGGCUGCUCGAGACUCCCCAGGCGGCCGACUUCUGGUGCGGGGGCGAGCCCUAUCCAGGCCCGCAGGUGUCCCCUUGAAGGCUCGGCUCCGACGCAAAGAAAACUGUCCUAUGGCCCCUUCUGCCUGCAGCGCUUCGGGGGACCGCUGGAAGACGCAAGAAGAUCCCUUCUUUCCUCUCUGGUGCCCACCACGACGGGGUGGAGUGGCUCUGCCCAGCUUAAUAUCCCCAUGCCCCUCCACUACACUGGGGAUCUCAAAGCCAUGGUAAUCUGGCCCCGGCCAGAUAAUUUUUAAUUUCUUGCAUCUGCACCACUGAUUGUACACCAUGCCAGUGUUCUUCAAGGACAUCUGAAUGUGUUUGGGGGAGAGGUCUGUAUGUGCUGCUGCCUGUGAUUUAACUUAGCUUUGUGAGCAUCAAGUUGGCUGGAGAGAUGGACAAGUCUGCAGACAUUACAUCUAGAUUAACGAAUCGUUGUGGAAGAAAAGCAGACCCUCUCCCACCCCCCACAUUUCUCUUUCAAAUGGUGCACAUACAAAUAGAUUUUUUUCUAGGGUAGAUCUGACCCCUUGCCUUUCCCCCAAAUCUCUAGUAGCACAGCAGCCAAGUAAUAACUGGGUAUGAACUGAGAACACUUGAGUUGGCUCCUGCCUCUCCAGGCCAAUAAUAUGGACUGAGUUAGCAUCAUAAUGGGUGUGUCUCAGUUGCAUGGAGUUGGAAGAAACUGCAUCAUCCACUCAGGACACAGAUUGUAUUCCACAUCCCAUCCUGCAGGGAAGCUACAAAAUGGGAGACUACCUCUCCAGUUCUGUAGGUGCAAAGGAGCUGGGUGCUACUGUAUUUAUUCCUACUAACUGAUGUGAAGAUCUGAAAGCAUAGUAACAUUUGAAGUUCCAGACACCUGAACACUUUUCCCAAAAGGACGCUUUCCCCUUCUGCUGCAACUGAAAGAAUAAAUGCAAUAAGAACCCUUCAUUGAGGCUUACUAAUUAAGUGUCCUGUGAAAGGUCCAAGUAAUUUCCAGCUGUCCCCAUGUCCAUUCAGUGGGAUAGUUUUUUGCACCUAGAGACAUCCUUGUCCUACCUUCCAGGAUGGAGCAGAUCCAGAGCAGACAUUUGUGCUGAAGAAGCAAGAUACUGUACUGGUGGGAGCAGGGAGCAAUUUGGAGCUGAUACUAAGUUCUCAUCCCAUAGAGGGGUGCUGCCAGGAUAGAGAUGAUCUUUAAAAACUUGACAUGUUAAGAUUAUGCAUUUUAGAUAUUAAAAGUGACAGUUCCUGAUUA